AAUUAAGUGAUACUGAAAUUGUCAAGUUAGUAAUAGUGAAACAGCAGCAUAAAGAACAUAAUUUAGAUGAUUUAAAUAAAGAGCUUUUAACAAUUUUAGUUUUAGAAGAAUUAGUAGAUCUAAAAAAAUUUUUAGAGUUUUUUGAGCAACAAACAAAUCAAAAUUUUAAAUUAGAAAAUUUAGAUAUUUUUUAA